AUGAUCUGCAGAAGCUGCCGGACGACAAUGCUGUCCCGGCUGCAGCAGCCGCAAGCUGUGAUCCGGACCGCAUCAUCUGUGGCGCGUCAGCUGCCAAUUUUUCGCAACCAAUCCCGAUUCUACAGCGACAAAGGCACCAAUCCUUCCGCCGCUGCACCUUCUCCUCCCCCGGCUCCUCGCCAGACAAUCGGCGGUGACAAGACGACUCCCUCCUCCAUCUCGUCGGCCACCCCCGGUGUUUCCCAGCCCUUGAGCACCCCAGAGGGUGUUCAUACUGAUGCGCAGCCCAGCGCUCCCACAAAGCCCAUCAUCCAGCGCCCACCCAGCAGCUGUCCCGCGGGGACUAAGAUGAGCGGCCUGAAUUAUUUCAAGAACAAACCAGAUGUCAUCGCCAUGGAGGACUCGGAAUAUCCAGACUGGCUCUGGGAUCUGCUAGGUGAUGCAAGCAAGCAGUCGAAGACUGAUAAGGGUGGUGUCGAUGUGAGCACUCUCAACAAGAAGCAACGGAAGCGCUACGAGAAGAAACUCGCUGCCCGCACCGGCCCUAUUGCCCCCAAAAUUCCCGCUCAUCACCACGCUGACGACAUCACUCCCGCAUCCUAUAACCGUACCGCGCCAGCAGAGGAUAACUUGGCUGAAGCUACCGAGGGUCUCGGAAAGCGCCAAGAGGUCAUUAAGAGUGCUAGAGAAGCUCGGCGAAAGGCUAUCAAGGAAUCCAACUUCCUCCGUGGCCUGUAG